GGAACCUGACAUUUGAUUCAUUCAGCAGGCCCUGACUCGGUCCUUUAAAACAGAAUGGACAGUCAGCCAAAGGCCAAAGCCGCUAUGGCUGGCGGUGGCCUCCCCGGGCCGUGACAGGCAGAGGAGACCGGGGGAGGUUGGAGUCACCAGCAUGGCAAAAUGCUUGGUCAAGAUCCAGACUCGACGCAGCCUCCACUUGCACAUGGUAAACCACUGCAGCGGGAAUGUGUUUGUCCGUCUGCUGAGACACAGCUCCAAGGUCACAGCUCGGAACGCCGGUGUCCCGUUGCCUAAAGAGGAUGCCAUUUCUGCUCCCUUCAUCUCCAGCUCUCCAGUGAAGGAAGCCCGGGAGUAUGAAGAUCCCCCAAGCGAAGAGGAAGAUAAAACAAAAGGAGAGCCCUUAACCAUCUCUGAACUAGCCUGUGACCCAAGUGCCAGCCUGCCCCCCACCCCUGUUGACAACGAUGAGAUUGACAUGCUCUUCGACUGUCCCUCUAGGCUUGAGUUGCAAAGAGAAGACUCGGAUUCCUUUGAGGAGCUGGACGCAGAUGAAAAUGCCUUUUUGGUUGCUGAAGAAGAGGAGUUGAAGGAGGCUCGCCGAGCUUUGUCGUGGAGCUAUGACCUUCUGACCGGCCAUAUUCGGGUGAACCCACUGGUCAAGAGCUUUUCCAGGCUCCUUGUGCUGGGCCUGGGACUGCUGCUCUUUGUCUUUCCCCUGCUCCUCCUCCUUUUGGAGUCAGGUAUUGAUCUCUCCUUCUUAUGUGAAAUCCGCCAGACACCAGAGUUUGAGCAGUUUCACUAUGAGUACUACUGUCCCCUCAAGGAGUGGGUGGCUGGGAAAGUCAGCGUCCUCCUCUACAUGCUGGGCUGCUCAUGAAGCUAAUACCUCAUGUGACUAAGAGCUAUAUUCAAUACUCAUGACUUUUCCCCCCAGUAAAUGCCUGGUUCUGAAUGGUCACGGGGCCGUCGGCAGGUGCCCCGUACUCAUAACUGAUUGUUCGGACCCUUAAGCUAGCUUUCCAUAACUCACUGCACUUAAAUAAGUUUAGAUCAAUUACAGUCACUCUAGUUACAGGUCAGGAAGAUGGCCUGUAGAUAACCAAAAUAUGUUUAUUUUUUAUUAUAGUGUACACAUACUCAUUAUCUAUUAUAUCAUGAUACAUAACACAUUGGACUGAAUUAGAUUUUCCUGCUUUUAAUAGUUGGCACCACUACAGGGUAUAAGAUUCAGAAUCAGAAUUUUAGUAAAAACCCAAGAGAAAGGUUUUGAAUAUAAUCCUUAGUGAACACAAUGUCCUCUAACCAACGCCUAUACAACUAAAUUUAUG